AAAUGCACCCCCCCCCCCCCCACACACAAACACACACAUGUGCACAAGUAGACAGUGAAGUAGUAAGGGGCAGCCGCACCCUGUGCAUUGAGGAGUGUAUGAUGCCACGAGCCAGAUUUCAGACACAGGUGAAAUGCCCGAUGACAUAUAUGUUUCUCGAGUCCUCUGUUCUGCAGAAAGGAGAUUGCAAAAACUAAGGUCUUAUCACUCUUCCAGAGUUUUUCCUCUUUUAGGCGUGCGUGGCUGGUCCUGGGUCCGGGGAGGCCUCUCUCAGUCUCCACCGUCCCCACCUGCAACCUCCUGCCCUCUGAAAAGUUCAAAAGCAGGAUCAACCAAGGCAAAGAAGAGCAAAUGAGAGUGAGCCCAAGCCCCAGGGGAAAGAACGCGGGCCUGGGAAUCAGAGGACUUGGGUUCCAACCUCGGCUUGGCCACUUCCCUGCUGUGUGUGCCCUUGGGCCCUGCAAGGUCGGCUGAUGACCACGUUCUGCCGGGCCCCGCCCCGCAGAGCAUCGUUCCAACACAACCUGCAAGGAGAAUGCCCACCUGGAUGCCGCCCCAUCCCCCAUAUGCGGAUUCAGGUUGUUGGUAAUUAAACGCCAACUCACAGGGUAGAGAAGCAUCUGCCGGGAGGCUGGGCCACUCCACCCAGCCAGGAGCAGGGUAUAAGAGCCUGGACGCUCGAGGAGGCCGCAGCAGCAGCAACGGCGGCAGCGACGACAGCAGCAGCAGUAGCCACAGCUGCAGCCACACUCGAGGACCAGCCGUGCCGUCGACCCUCACCUACCGCCAUGUCCUAUAACCGCUUCCCGCGGAACUGCUCGCCCAGGCCCUUGGGCGGCCGCUGCAGCACUCCGGCCACCGUCUCCAAUGACACCCUGGAGACCGGAUGCCAGGGCGGGUUCUACCUGCCCAGCUCCUUCCAGGGCAACUCCUGGCUGCUAGACCAUUGCCAGGAGACCUGCUGCGAGCCCGCCAUCUGCCAGCAAACCACCUGCAUCUCUAGCCCCGCCCAGAUCUGCCGGCCCUCGCCCUGCCCGGUGCCCGUGCCCUGUCAGACCACGACGUGCACCCGGCCUCUCAGCUUCGUGGCCAGGCCCUGCCAGACCACGGGUGGCAUCUCCAGCCUGUGCCAACCUGCCUGCACCGUGUCCAGGACGUACAAGCAGUCUUGCGUGUCCAACUGUCGGUCGACCUGCUGAGGGGCCGCCGGGUCGAAGCCUUGCCUGUGUUCCCGGGAAUGGCUGGCAUGCCGUCCAGCACCCAUCCAGCUAGCGCCUACUGCCCCUCGCUUAGUCCAGCGGCUCCCCUCCGCUGUAGCCGGCCGCUGGCUGCCCUCCUUUUCGAGGCCCUGUCUGUCCAGAGUAAGGCUCAGCUCCCGGGUCGGGCCUCUCUGCCCCGAUUCACAUCUUCACCCACUGCAGCCAGUGAGGCUUCGUUUCGUCUCCGGCUUCUCUUGCCACGGUGGCUUCCGUGAGGGAGCGUGUCUGUCUGUUUGCUAAUAAACUUAAAUAUUCUGGCAUCGCA